CCCUCCCUGCCGACGGAGCAGAGGAACCGCCGAGCCGCGUCCGUCGCCCCUGUCGUCCGCCCCUAGCUGUCUCGCCAUGGCCUCGCGCCUCCUCCUCGGGUCCCUGCGCGUCCUGGGCCGCUGCUGCGCGCCGCGCCCGUCGCCCGCCGUAAGAUGUUCUCAUUCUGGAGGGGAGAAACGUUUGGAAUCUCCUUCUGCUAAAAAAUUAACAGAUGUAGGAAUUAGAAGAAUCUUUUCUUCAGAGCACGACAUUUUCCGGGAAAGUGUAAGGAAGUUUUUUCAAGAAGAAGUGGUUCCUCAUCAUUCAGAAUGGGAGAAAGCUGGAGAAGUGCCUAGGGAACUCUGGGAAAAGGCUGGAAAACAAGGGCUGCUUGGAGUCAAUAUUGCAGAGCAGCAUGGUGGUAUUGGUGGUGACUUGUACUCCACAGCUAUUGUUUGGGAAGAGCAAGCAUAUUCAAAUUGUACAGGGCCAGGUUUUAGUCUUCAUUCAGAUAUCGUCAUGCCUUAUAUUGCCAACUAUGGCUCAAAAGAACAGAUUGAGCACUUCAUCCCCCAGAUGACGGCAGGCAAAUGUAUUGGUGCCAUAGCAAUGACAGAGCCUGGUGCUGGAAGUGACUUACAAGGAGUAAGAACAAAUGCCAAAAAGGAUGGAAGUGAUUGGAUUCUCAAUGGAAGCAAGGUAUUCAUCACUAACGGCUGGCUAAGUGAUGUUGUGAUUGUAGUCGCAAUCACAAAUCGUGAAGCUCGCUCUCCCGCCCAUGGCAUUAGCCUUUUUCUGGUAGAAAAUGGAAUGAAAGGAUUUAUUAAAGGACAGAAGCUACAUAAAAUGGGAUUAAAAGCCCAGGAUACUGCAGAACUGUUUUUUGAAGAUGUCCGAUUGCCAUCUAGUGCCUUACUUGGAGAAGAGAAUAAAGGCUUCUACUAUCUCAUGCAAGAGCUUCCACAGGAAAGGCUGUUAAUUGCUGACUUGGCAAUUUCAGCCUGUGAAUUUAUGUUUGAAGAAACCAGGAACUAUGUUAAACAACGAAAAGCUUUUGGGAAAACGGUUGCACACAUACAGACAGUGCAGCAUAAACUAGCAGAAUUAAAAACACACAUAUGUGUAACCAGAUCUUUUGUGGACAGCUGUCUGAAGCUACAUGAAACGAAACAUCUGGAUUCUGCCUCUGCUUCUAUGGCGAAAUAUUGGGCAUCAGACUUACAAAACAGCGUUGCUUAUGAAUGUGUACAGCUCCAUGGAGGCUGGGGAUACAUGUGGGAGUACCCAAUUGCAAAAGCUUAUGUGGAUGCCCGUGUUCAGCCAAUCUAUGGUGGUACCAAUGAAAUAAUGAGGGAGCUGAUUGCAAGAGAUAUCGUCAGUGACAAGUAGACAUCUGCCCACAUCCUGGAAUCCUAUUACAGCUAAUCUGGUUUUAAAUCUACUUAAGAUAAAAUGAAACCUGGAAGGAGGGGAAAUGCUAAAUAUGUUUUUUAUGUGCCUUCUGUGUAGAGAAAGAAAUCAAAUAUAAAUACAAUAUUAACAGUGGAAGGAGAAAUAUCUGAAUCCAAAGAGUAAAAUUCUCCUGUGAAGGUUUUACUUUUAAGUUUUUAUAUUGUUAAAGGUCAAAAUUUUUCUGACUCUAGAAGCCUUAAUGUUUCAUUUAUCUCUACAAUUUUUAAAAGCAUAAAUUGCUUAAAUCCCUAAAAUUGAGGCAGAAUUAAUUUAUAUAUGAUAUACUACUUUAAAAGCAUUAAUAUUACUUCACAGUACAUGGACUUUUAAAGGGAAAAAUAAAUCUAACUUAGACUAUGAAGACAUUUCAGCUACCUUUUGCUCCAGAUUCUCUGGAAUAUUGGUUCCUACCAUGCUACCAUCAAGUUCUUUUUAAGCAACCCUUCUUGGAAACAGAUCAUCACAUUGUACCCUAUAAAUAUGUCCAGUCAUUGUGUAUCAAUUAAAAAUAAAGUGAAACUUUAAAAAGAAAACAAACUUUGUGUAGAAUGUCUCUUGGAAAGCCCUUAGUGAGGAGCUGCUCUGGUUAAAGCAGGAAGCCCUCCUACCUCCUGCCUUGACAUUCCUGGGACUCACCUGAAGGCUGUUGCCUAACCGGGACCACAGAAUGCUCUUAGUUCUCUUAGGAUGAUGCCUGGACUUUCAGUAGACUUCCAUUUCAGUUUAUAAUAGGACACAGACUUCAUCAUAUUUACAUUUCAAGAUACUGGAGAAAAUUUUAUCAUCUACAUCUCAUGCUGUGAUGAGGAAUCAAGAAACAGUAAAUAAUAAUAAUGUUCAAAAGAACAGGCUGGAUUGACACAGCAAGAAAGCAAACUAUGUAAAUGUUAAUGAGAAUUUAAAGGCCUAGUCAUUUGAGGUUUUGGCUGAGAAUUUAGGAUCAUAAUUAUCACUUUAAAAUUAUUAUUGCCCUUUAUUUCUUUGAUGCUGUCAUUGAAGACUGCCUUGACUUGUUAUUUUAAAUUCUAACUCUGCAAAUCUUUCUAAUAUAGUAAUUUUAGUUGUUUAUUGCUCAAAGUAUAAGAUUUCUAGGAGACUUUUCAUGUCAGUAUUAUUUUUGGCACACAUAGCAUUUACUUAUUUGGACCAGCAUUGGAAAGAUCUGAUGUUGUGAUUGAAACCAACUGUAAGCCUGUGUCAGCUACUUUACAAUAAAUGUUGAAAAGAA